AUGUUCUACAUGCAGCUGCUUAUGAAUAAGCGUGGGCCUUUGGCCAAGAUAUGGCUGGCCGCUCACUGGGAUAAGAAAGUCACAAAAGCUCAUAUAUUCGAAUGCAAUUUAGAGACUACUAUUGAAAAGAUACUCUCCCCAAAGGUUAAAAUUGCUCUGCGAACCUCAGGACACCUGUUGCUGGGAGUGGUGCGAAUCUACCACCGAAAAGCCAAGUACCUUCUGGCAGACUGCACUGAAGCCCUACUUAAAAUGCAGUCAACCUUCCGUCCAGGACUUGUUGAUCUCCCAAAAGGGAACUCUGAGGCAACUUAUGAUGCGAUCACAUUGCCAGAAGAAUUUUAUGAUUUUGACACACAGCUCCCUGAGGUGAAUGCCAUUGAUGUUGCCCAGCAUUUUACACUGAACCAGAGCAGAGCUGAGGACAUCACACUGAUUGAGGAGGAUCUUAGGCAAGACGUGCUUUUCCGUGGUGACAGUUUUGGUGAAGAAAUUGACAUUUCAAGACAGCAUAGUUUUUUCGGUGAUAGCUUAUUGACUAAUUCCAGUAGCCUCUUGGCAGAUCACAGUUUACAGCUGAAUUUUAGUGGAGACAAAAUUGCAUUGGAUAAAGAUGCAUAUGCAUUAAAGUAUGAUGGGUUUGGAGAUGAAGGAGCUGGAAGAGAUAUGAUUGAUGAUGUGCUUGGAACCGAGCAGAAUAGCUUCAUUACAGACUUUGACAUGGAAGAAGAAUGUUUUUUACCCCAAGAACUUCCUGUUGAUAAUACAGUGGACCAUCCCAAAUCUAAGGAAGAAUCAAGAAGCCACAAACUUAAUGAAACCACACAAUUGUCGAGUGAAGAUGAAGGCUUUGUGCUUCAACCAAUUGAUGAUGCAGUGCUAACAAGAAAGCAAAGAGGUAAAAGGAAAAGGAAAUUACUUGUUGAUGCAGUGAAGCAACUAAGUGGAGCCGCCAUGCAAAACCAGCUUAUCAUCUACAAGGACACCAUGGCGCCAUUAGAUAUUGCGCCCCCAACAAAAAGGCUGAUGAUUUUGCAGGAGCUGGGCAGUGCGGAUGUGCUUCUGAACAGACCUACUCAGCCUUUACUCAAUGAAGAGCUGCAAAUGCUGUUUGUUAAAAGUCUAAGAAAUAGAAGGAAACAGAUGCAACAAGAGCGUGAAGUAGAAGAACAAAGCAAAAAGCAAGAUGCCCAAGAACUGCAAGUAGCAGAAAGUCAAAGUGUUCUGCAAGACACAAGUUAUCUAGAAACUCAAUCUACUUUGCAAAAUGGCAGAGACAAAAGUGGCAAUAGUUUAACUUUUGAAGAUAUGGAAGCCAUUGAUGCUGUGCCAGCUUCGUCCAAUGGUUCGCUACUUGACUGCUCUGUAAGACAAGAGUCUGGGAUUGAGCAAACAGGAAUGGCAAAUGAACAUCAAGGAAGUGAUCCAAAUAAUGAAGAAAAAAGGAGGCGCAAGAAAACUUUAGAGCUGUUAAAUACUUUCCAGCACAUCCACCAAAAGGGAGCAAAGCCUUUCAGUUUUCUGGCCCUCUGCAGGAACAACAACAGUAAAGAAGUUGCAGUCAAGUUCUUUAGCUUGCUUGUUCUGAAGAAACAACAGGUGGUUGAAGUGGCUCAGGCUGCUCCCUUUGCUGACAUUCUAGUGACAGUAGGUCCUAAGUUUCCUACGCUGAAGGACAGAGUGAUCUCCUUUUAA